CGCAGUUUCGUCCUUGCUCGCGUUGUUGUUGUCUGCGGUGACGCGGCGGAGGUGUACCCUGACGCGGGCUCUUACGUGUCGGACUGAAUAAAAAGUGGAGCUCCGGAGGCCCGGGAGUGACGCGAGAACAGAGAGAGCGAGUAAGCGAGUCCGUGACCGGGCAGGUCGUGCCAACCGAGUCCACCUCGUUUCCUCACUGCGGCUUUUCUAAAUGACCAUGGACGCAGGAGCAGAUGUGCAGCAGGGCAGCGAGACCGCUGUCUCUGAGACAGACACGCAGCAGAUCGCCACCCUGGCGCAGGUUUCCAUGGCAGCGGGCCAAGCCUCAGCCACCGGGCCCACCGUCACGCUGGUGCAGUUGCCUAACGGUCAGACGGUGCAGGUUCAUGGGGUCAUCCAGGCCGCGCAGCCGUCUGUCAUCCAGUCUCCCCAAGUCCAAGCCGUACAGGUGAGCUCACCUUUCUGGCUUACAGGACCGAUUUCCUCUCACCGACUGACUGACGAUCCACCCUGUCCGUCUCUCUUUCAGAUCUCCACCAUUGCCGAGAGCGAGGACUCGCAGGAGUCAGUGGACAGUGUGACAGACACCCAGAAAAGGAGGGAGAUCCUCUCCAGACGACCCUCAUACAGAAAAAUCUUGAACGAUCUCUCGUCUGACACUCCGGCCGUGCCUCGGAUAGAGGAGGAAAAAAACGAGGAGGAAUCGGCACCGGCCAUCACUACAGUCACUGUGCCCACCCCCAUUUACCAAACCAGCAGUGGACAGUACAUCGCCAUCACACAAGGCGGAGCCAUCCAGCUGGCCAAUAAUGGCACAGACGGCGUUCAGGGCCUACAGACACUGACGAUGACCAACACAGCAGCGGCCCAGUCGGGCGCCACCAUCCUGCAGUACGCCCAGACCAGUGACGGCCAGCAGAUCCUGGUGCCCAGUAACCAGGUGGUGGUGCAGGCUGCGUCCGGCGACGUGCAGGCGUAUCAGAUCCGCACAGCGGCGUCAGGCACCAUCACUCCCGGAGUGGUGAUGGCGUCGGGUCAGGGAGGUGCCGAGGAAGCCACGCGCAAGAGAGAGGUCCGCCUCAUGAAGAACAGGGAGGCAGCGCGAGAGUGCCGUCGCAAGAAGAAGGAGUAUGUGAAGUGUCUGGAGAAUCGCGUGGCCGUGCUGGAAAACCAGAACAAAACCCUCAUCGAGGAGCUGAAAGCACUUAAGGACUUGUACUGUCACAAAUCAGAAUAACACAAACACACACACACACACACACAUAUUGCGCUUUUCCCCAGGUCCUACUGAGACAGUGACUCUUCCCCUUUACACAGGCACCUGGGCAGCAGUCUUUUCUUUUCUCUGUCUUAUUUUCUUUUUCUUUUUUUU